AUGGUCGAAUAUACUUUCACCUGGCCAAAGGGUCCACAAGAGGUUGUUGUUACUGGUAAUUUCGAUAACUGGACAGGUUCAUUACCGUUAGUGAAACAGCCAUCUGGUGACUUUUCAUUGACUAUGCCACUUCCACCAAAUGAUGACGAUAAGUUUGUGUUCAAAUUUAUUGUCGAUGGUGAAUGGGUAGUAUCUGAUAAGUACGAGAAGGAUUCUAGUGCUGGUCCAAUCAACAAUGUUAUCUACACAUCGAAGAUUGUCGGCACCACAACUGGUUCUACCUUCAUUCCAGAGUCAGCAUUGUCUGCCAAGACUUCCCAAAAACCAAAGAGUCAACCAGCUCCAGGCUCUAACAAAAAGGGUAAGAAAAAGAAGGUUAAGGUCAAGAAGAGAAUCAGAAAGGAUAAGAGAACUGGUGAACAGACCGUUAUCUCUGAGGAAAGAACUGAGUUGAACUCUGAUGGUGAGGAAGAAAGUGAAGAAGUAUCUACUACUGCAACCAACUCUAAGGAAGUCACUCCAUUGCCACCUCAAACCGCCACAACAGAACCUGCCGAUGACGAAGAAGCUACUGCUCCUGUGCCAGCAGUUUUGCCUUCAAAGGAAAACCAGCAAACUACUCUUGGAGAGCCUGGUAUUGCCAUCGUUCCUAAUCCAAAUGAAAUUGCAGCAUUCAAGGAGGUUAGAAAUGUUGAUGCUCAAAAGCUCAAUGAACAAUUGAAUGCAGAAUUGAAGGAGAAGGAAGCUGAUAAAAAGGAAACUUUGGACCAGCAAGCAGAAGAAACUGCAGCUGUCACUGCAGCAGCUACUGCAGCUGCGGCAGAAAACCCAACUGAUGACGUGGCUCCAGUUAUUCAAUCUGCCACUGAACCAGCUGUUCAAACCGAACAAUUAGAGCAAGAAAAGGCCGUUGCUGAACCUGAAACAGUUCCAACCCAAGACGCUACUAUUCCGAAUACACACAUCGAAUCACAGGUCACAGAUGGUUCUGAUGUCGUAGAAGAAGUAGGUAUUAUCACUUCUCCAGAACAAGAAGCUGAACUAGUUCAAAGAACACUGGAUCCAAAAAUCGGAGGCGAAGCUGAACUUCUAAUUGCUGAAGGCGAAGUUCCAAAGGACUCUAUCCCUGCAGUUCAAGAACAAGUCGAAAAAAUCGCUGAUGAAGCUAUUGAAGCCAACACUAAGAUUGCUGACAACGUCACCGAAGAUGUGAAGAAGACCGCUGAAGAAGCAAAGACUACUACCAACAAUGCCGCCAACAAGGUAACUAACAAUGCUACCAGUACUAAUACUCCAACUAAAACUGCUGCAAAACCAGAAAAGAAGAAAAAGAAGGGAUUUUUCUCCAAGUUAAAGAAAAUAUUCAACUAA